UGGCCUGGAAAUAGAAUCGUUUUCAAUUUUCUAUAACUAACAUUGAUCGUCGUGCGAGCAUCGAAAACGAGGAUCGAAAAUAUCCGAAAGCAAUUUCGAAAAAUCAAAAGUUUUCGUAAUUGCUACGAUAUCGGACGGCAAAUGGUCAACGAUCGAUAGUUUUCGAGAGGGUUCGUCCAUUCAAAAAAUAUUGAAUUUCGAUAGAAAGAGUAGGAAAGUGUUCAUCGAUCGAUGACCGGCUUAUUUCACACGUUAAACCACAUUGGCUAGUGACAGACGUUGCUCUUCUUUUCCUUUUUAUUUGGUCAGCCUCGACUACUUAAUCGAAUUCAUUAAGGGCCACUGUAAAAAGUCGUUUUUAUGGUCAAGCGUCCAUAAAAUGGAACGCGUUUCGCGUUAAUCUCGGCUCUUACUCGCGACCGGCCGACGCGGAGAAAUCCGAGCUGAAAAUUCUCUUCCUCGGCGGAUACAAUGACCUCGGCUGUUCAUCUAUUUUUAUCGCCCUUUUUUCUUCAUUUCUGUUCUUUUCUUUUUUCUUCUUUCUUCUUUUUUAUUCUUUCAGAAGGACGUCGAUGAAAAAACCGUUUCUUCGGUAGUCAUUGUCCUUUCGACAAGGAAGAGCCCUAAAGACGAUCCUGAUGCGCGGCGGUCUCUUCGAUAGAAGAAGAUAAAAGGAAUUCGUAGGUCUCUCGAUGAUCCUCCUCCCAUUUGGAGGGAUUGUUCGUGGAGGGACGGAGGAAAAGAAAAUUAAACGGGGAAGUUUUAAGAAGUAGGAAGAAGAGGAAGCGGAGGAAGAAGAGGAGGAGGAGGAGGAGGAGGAGGACGACUUUCGAGCUCCGCGACCGCUCGCGGAGGAUCGUCGUCGUCGUCCUAGACGUACGAGCAGGUACGCCCUUGAGAAUGGAAGUGAGGAUUCGCGCGGAUAGGAUCAGUGUGGUAGCAGAACCGAGCGGCGGAUAUCGAGAAUACGAGGAGAGUGCCCGAGUUGUGGAAGAGAGGAAAAAGCUGGAGGAGACGGAGGAGGAGGGGGAGGAGGAGGAGGAGGUCAGCGAGGUACGAGGAGGAGAAGGAGGAAGAGGGUGGGAAGGGCCCCACAGAUGCGGGGCCCGGCGCGGCGGCGAGUCCGCGGCGGCGUGACGCGAUGCGGACGUCCUCCUCCUCGUUUCCGAGGAAGAGGAAGACGAGAGAGGAGCCCGAGUCGCGAAUCCCAAAGGAUCUCCUCGAGUUCGAGGAUAAGGAAGCUCUUCGGCAAAGUUCCCGAAGGAAAAACGCAGGUACUAGUCGCGGAUUGCCGACGGCCUUGCUAUUCGCGAUCAUCGGUACUUUGCUACUUGCCGGUCAAUGUCGAGAAAGUCUCGCGGACGCUUUGGCGGCCAAUCAAAAGUACAGCACUCGUACGGUCACGACGAGAUACGGGACCCUUCGAGGAGUCGUCGCGAGAUCGUCGCCGAACGUCGAGACCUAUUACGGCGUGCCUUACGCGACACCGCCGCUCGGAUCUCUACGAUAUAUGCCACCCGUCACUCCGACGCCCUGGCGUGGCACCAAGUUCGCCGACACCCUACCACCGGCUUGCCCUCAGAAUCCCCCGGAACCGGACGAGAGCCUACCGAAAACCAGGCGUGCCUAUCUUCAGAGGAUAGCGCCUCUCUUGGCCAAUCGGAGCGAAGACUGUCUCUAUCUCAACCUUUAUGUUCCCAAACCCUUGCACGGUAGUACUACGGAUUUGCUGCCAGCGCUUCUCCUCAUUCACGGUGAUUCCUACUCGUGGGGUGCCGGAAAUUCGUUCGAUGGAACCUCUCUGGCCGCUCACGGACGUCUAAUCGUCGUUUCCAUCAAUUUUCGCAUCGGCGUGCUCGGAUUCCUAAAGACCGGAUCGAAAGGAAACGCUCAAGGAAAUUACGGACUGAUGGAUUUGGUGGCGGGACUUCAUUGGUUACGCGAGAACAUCGAAGCUUUCGGUGGCGAUUCGAGAAGAUUGGCACUACUUGGUCACGGUACCGGAGCAGCACUGGCCAAUUUUUUAGCCGUCUCACCGAUGGCCAAAGAGUUGGUCGAGAGAGUGAUACUGCUCGGUGGUUCGGCCCUUUCACCGUGGGCGAUUCAACGCGAUCCGCUUACGGUGAAACAUCUAGUCGCCGAACAAACCGGCUGUCCCGCCGACGACGAAGUCGACGACAUCGCACCGUGCCUUCGUUUGCGAAGCCUCAAUGAUCUUCUCAACGUCAAGUUCGAUCCGCCAAGAUUUACUUCCGGUUUCGCGCCUUUCGUCGACGGAGCCGUCCUGCCACAACCGAUAAACCAGAACUUUCAGCCCACUGCCUCUUCCGCGGGAUUGAUGCCCCUCGUGCCAGGACCCGGCGCGGAAUUUGCCAAUUUCGGUAAUCGGGAUCUCUUACUCGGUCUAACGUCCGACGAAGCUUGGGUUAAUCUUACCGACGAGGAUCUGCAGAACGGGCUAAACGAGACCAGGAGGGAUCGCAUCCUUCGCACCUACGUGCGAAAUACUUAUCGUUAUCACCUGCACGAGAUCUACUCGACCCUACGCAACGAGUACACAGAUUGGGAGAGAGGAGAGCAAAACGCCUCGGCUAUUUGCGAGGGUCUUUUGUCGCUUCUCGGGGACGGUCAAGUUGCAGCGCCUCUCCUCAGAUUGGCCCUUCUUCAUUCUACUUCCGGUGGACGCGGAUACUUUUUACACUUUCAACCGGGCGAUCGACCUAGUCAAAAAGGCGAGGAACUUCCCUAUCUCAUGGGUAUACCUCUCCUUCGAGGAGAUUUCAGCUUGUAUUCCUUGGCCAACUAUACUCUCGCCGACGAGAACCUGUCCAGGCUACUUGUACACUACUUGGCCAACUUUGUAAGACGCGGAGAUCCAAAUCGAGCGAGUUCUUUGACGUCCGGUACGGAGAGUGGCCUAACUAGUCCACCCUUUUGGGAAUCGUACGACUCGAUAAAUCAGCUUUAUUUGGAGGCAGGCCACGUGACGAAGCUGCGCUCGCACUACAGAGGUCAUAAGAUGUCACUUUGGUUGAAUCUGUUGCCGCAGUUGCACCGGCCCGGUUACGAGAUCAGCAUGCGUCAUCAUCAUCUGGCGGACAGUUCGAAUUUGUACGAGGGCGCGGUACGUCCGCAGAGUACGGCCCUGCCUUUGCCAGCGCCACCAUUGCCUAUGCCCUCGCCAACCGAGCCUUCCUCGGUGUCGUCGCACACGUCGACAUCGACGACCGAAUGCACGCCCAACGCGACCGCGACCACGAUAGCGAGUACUUCGAAGACACAGUCGCAGCACUCGAAUCUUGGCCCGGGACCUAACAAUCUCCUUCGAAAGUUAACUUCGAGUUAUUAUCAGAGCUAUACAACCGCCCUCACCGUAACCAUCGCCGUUGGGAUAUUUCUCUUGCUCCUAAAUAUCAUCAUCUUUGCGGGUAUAUAUCAUCAGCGCGACAGGAACGCGUCUGGUAAUUCCGGUCUCUCGGCUUUCGGCGACAAGAAGAAGGAGGAACUAUUGGAGGCUGGUUGUUCCGGUAUCGAGAUCGGCGGUCCACCUGGAAAACAAAGAUUGUCCUCGAUGAAUCUGAUCGAUUCUCCAGGAACGAGUCCUCAAGGACACAAGGCCAAGCUCGUACAAGAGUUGGAGCUUCAGCUUCAAGAAUUUCAAUGUUCUCCACCACCGGGCGGUGGGAAGAGGGUCCUCGAGCCACCGUCCUACAGUAGAAAUCCAUGCGUGCAGAGAACACGAACACCCUCGCCGUGCAUCGAUGCUACCAUCGCCAGGAUGCAGGACGACGACAAUAUGAUAGACGGUGUCCUUGAUAGCGACGACGACGACGACGAUGACGAUGACGACGAUGAGGACGACGAUGACGACGAUAACGAGGAACUCCCGGAACCACCGCCACCUCCCAAGGUUCCAGCUCCCAACGUCGGUCUCACCUGUCCUGGGAUUCUUCGUCAACCUGGAACACCCGGUAGCGCUAAGAAACGCGUGCAGAUUCAAGAGAUAUCGGUUUGACGCGCUCAAAUCAGGCGAUACCAGAAACAAUUGAAAAGUUCGAUCUACUUGACGCGGGGCUUUUUAAAGAAUUUCUUUCUUUGAUAUAGUGCGCUACGAAAGUGUUCAGUAGUUAAUUACGUUCCGAGAGCGAAAAGGAGAGCUUACGCUAACAAUAAGUAUUUACAAGAAAAGGGACAAGACUCGAGAGAACUCGACGAAUUUCUCCUACCUAAAGAGAAAGAAUUUUAUCGUCUAGUCAAAGAUAACGACUCCCGAGAGAGAUUAAGUAGACGUUCUCAAGGAUUUUAAAGAUAGCUACUAGUACCCGGAAAAUUUCGUCUUCCGAUGAGUUUUCUCUCUCCCCUUUCUCUCUCUCUCUCUCUCUCCCUCUCUCUCUCUCUCUCUCUCUCUCUCUCUCGGGUCGCGUUAUCGUAGCAGUCAGUGCUGCGACGCGUUAGGGAUUGAUACGGUCUCAGGAAGACAGAGAGACUACGCGGACACGUUUCCUCGAUGUUCGCUCAUCCGGAUUUGUCAUAGCACUAAGUGGAAUUAUUCGAGGAAUUGGAAGCUACGAGCCUCGACUUUAGGUUUGUACGGUGAUACGAUAUAUAUGUAUAUAUAUAUAUAUCGUAUACACACACACGCGCGCACACACACACACACAUACAGACACACACACACAGACACAUGUAUCGAAAAAUAUGAAAAGAAAUCGUAUGGGAUCGUUUAUCUGGGCGCGAACGUGAAUUUGUACGAAUCCGAUAUCGCAAAAUCCUUUAAAUUCCUCAAUUCUCCAAUUCUCGACGUAUGUAUCGUGUCAGCGAAUUGUGAUGUAGUUUACGAGUGUAAUUGCGAGAAGCCACGAAGAAAACGAUAGAAAGUAAGAGUGAAAAGGAAAAACAAUAAUCAUGUAAGGAAGAGGAAGUUGAUGAAAUAAAAUUGUAUAAAUUAUAUGCACUAUUGGAAAUACAAUGUCGAUCUCGAUGACGAUGCUUGAAAAAAGCAAAGAGAGCGUCCGGGUCCAUCCUAGUAUACUUCUUUUCUUUUUUCUUUUUUACUGGGGGAGGAGGGAGGUGCUUACUCCGAAUUUACUCCGUUUCCGGUAUUUAAUGGACCGCUUUGCGUUUUACGAAUCCUUUGUGAAUGAUUUUAUAUGGCGAUCGAGAGGACCGAAUAAAUAUUGUAAAUUUUUUUCGAUCGAUACGCUUCCAUAACGUGAGUUACAACGCGUCGCUUACGAUCUAUAAUAACGAUCUGUAAAACGACCAUGGGAUUAGAGACGCGAAAGGAAUAGAGAAUGCAAUAGAAAACAGGGAAAAUACAACAAUGAGAAAAUGAAUACGCGAAAAGACGCACAACGCACCAAGAAGUACCAAAAAUCGGACGAGAAGUCUUCUCCUCGUUCUUCCCUCGAGUGACUGCCGUAAAAAUGACAUAUAAACCUAUAAUAAUAUAGAGAUUAAAAGAGAAGGAACAAGAAGACGUUAUGAAUAAAAGAUCGUUGUAAGCACACUCCCUUCUUCUAAUGUUUAAGAGAAACUUGAUAAAAAUUGGAGAGGAAAAUGAAAACCCGUGCGUGGGGCCAUACGUUAAAUGACGUGAGCUAAUUGAUUAUUAAAACUUAGCUUAUAGUCCAAGGGACACUCGGCCGUCGUAAAUAAGAGAUAGGAUGAAAGAAAAAAGAAGAAAAAAGGAAAUAAAGAAAAAGAAACAAAAAAAAAAAAAAAAAAAAAAAAAAAAGAAAGAAAAAGUUCUUUGUAAUCCGAAUGUCGCGAUCGCGUACGCCUUGCGUAAGCCUAAAAUGAAUGAAACAAAGAAAAGGAAAAACGUAAAAAUAAUCUAUAAUAAAAUAUUGCAAGGGAUAAUAAUAAUCGAUUGACAGCGGCGCGCUCAUUUUUCCCUCGCGUAAAAGAUAAUAAAUAAUUCGAAGUAAAUUCAUUUCGAUUCGAUCGAAAAGAAACUAACGAAGAAUGGACGUGCAAAUAUUCGAUUUUGUACGCGUACACAGGAUUCAAAAAUAAAAAGAAAUGGGAGGAACUCACACUCAUAUACAUUUAUCAAUGUUUGGAAUGUUGGGAUUUGUUUAAAUAAAUACUUGAAGCAUUUAAAACGUGAUCGAUCUUGCUAUUUUCUCUAUCCCAAUUUACGUAUAUAGACUCUGGACAACUGUAUCCACUGAUUUUUUUUUUAAAU